AUGGUGGAUAAAUUGCAUGAUUAUGAAGGCUUUGCCGGGCGUCUUCAUGGUUUUCGUGAUAAAGUAAGUGAAAAGUGGUCGGGUUGGAAAGAAUGGAAAAAUGAAAUACCAACAAAUCAAGGCUUUGCGGCUGUUAUUAAUCAUUUUCGUAGUCCGCCUAAAUUAGAACGAACUUUAGACGAUUACUCACAUGUUUACAGACAAAAAACACGCGGUGAAUUGGUAAGAGUAUCAGCUGCAGUAAUGGGAAUAGAAUUUUCUUACGCUGCUGAAACAGCAUUUGUAUCACCGACAUUAUUGAAAAUUGGUGUCGACCAUCAACAUAUGACAUUAGUUUGGGCAUUAAGCCCACUAGUAGGAUUUUUUGUGACACCCGUUUUAGGAAGUGUCAGUGAUCGCUGUAGAUCUACAUAUGGGCGAAGACGACCAUUUAUUAUAAUAUUGGCUAUCGGAGUUUUUUUGGGGCUUCUUUUAGUACCGAACGGCGAGAAAAUGGGGUAUGCAUUUGGAGACCCUUUACCUUUACCUAAUCACACUGCACCACUAGGUCAUCGAUUAACAGCUAAAACGAUUAAUGAAACUUCUGCAACAGUUCCAACGUCUUCACACUCGUGGGGAAUAUUUUUUACUAUUUUAGGCACUGUUUUACUUGAUUUUGAUGCUGAUGCUUGUCAAAGUCCUGCUCGAGCUUAUCUUCUAGAUGUCACUAUUCCAGAGGAUCAUGCUCGGGGUUUAAGUACUUUUACAAUAAUGGCUGGACUUGGAGGAUUUAUGGGAUACGGCCUGGGUGGUAUAAACUGGGAUGCAACAAGUAUUGGAAUAGCUCUUGGUGGUCAUCUUCAUGCUACAUUCACUUUAAUAACAAUAAUCUUCAUUAUUUGUGUCAGUUACACUAUCACUAGUUUCAAAGAAAUUCCUCUCUAUUUACUUGAGCGAGAUGAAUAUAAAGCUAUGCAAGCCCAGUUGAUGGACGAUAAUCGAAGGAAAAGUGAACAUGAUAAAAUAGCCGAUGAUGAGUGUGCUUCGUACGGAACUCUUAAUUCUGAUUCAGCAGCCACAGAAGAAUUUAAUUUGAAACCCUUAACAGUUGAUCGACCGAAACCUAAAAGACAAGGAUCAGUACCAAUGAUACCAGAAAUAACCCCCGAAAUUUAUGUUAAUGAACAAGAUCAAAAUGUCGAUCCUAAAGCAACAUUACGAGAAUAUUUAAUGUCAAUACUUUACAUGCCGCAUAGUAUGAAAAUGGUUUGUUUAACAAAUUUAUUUUGUUGGAUGGCGCACGUAUGUUACUCACUUUAUUUUACCGACUUCGUUGGUGAGGCAGUUUACGGUGGGAAUCCCAAAGCUCCAGAAGGCUCAAAAGAGCGCGAAUUAUAUGAAUCUGGAGUUAGAUUUGGGUGUUGGGGUAUGUCAAUGUAUUCAUUGUCAUGUGCUUGUUAUUCUUUGGUUAUUGAAAAAUUGAUUCAACGAUACAAGGCACGUAAAGUUUACAUUUGCGGUCUACUAUUUUAUAGUAUGGGAAUGAUGAUGAUGGCUUUAUUAAAACAUCCAGUCGGUGUAAUAUUGUUUUCUUGGACUGCAGGCGUCAUGUAUUCAACAUUAUUUACAAUGCCAUAUUUACUAAUCGCACACUAUCAUGCUUCAUCCACGUUUUCAGUUACAGCGGAAGGUGAAGCAGUACACAAUGAUAAAGUACGAGGAUUAGGUACCGAUGUAGCAAUUGUAUCAUCUAUGGUAUUCCUCGCACAAUUUCUAUUAUCAUGUUGUCUCGGUACAAUCGUUAGUAUCGCGGGAACUACGACUGCAGUCGUUGGUGUUGCCAGUACACUGGCAGCAUGCGGAGCACUAUCAGCAACUCAAAUUAUGUAUUUAGAUCUUUGA